UCAAUUAAAUUAUGGAAACCUUAUAUAUUAACUACUGGCCUCUUAUAAAUUCAUAUAUUACUUUUUGUUAAUUGAAGUAUAUAAUUCUGUCUUCUUUCAUAUUUAAACAGAUCAGUAUAAUUAUUACAGAAUUUAGUUAGUUAUUUAAAAAUAUCAACAAUAACAUAUACAUAAAGUUAUAAAGAGAAGUAAGGAAUUUGGCGCCAACUAUUUAAACAUUAGUUUGGUUUAAGUCGAUUAGUUAGUUAGAUUCCUUCUAUUGGUAAUCAAGAUGGCGGACUAUAGUAAUGCGUCAAGUAUUCGUGGUUUGUAAUUCUUCGGGUUUUAACUACUGGAUAUUAGUGUUUUAAAAUUUAGGGAAGAGAAUAGAUUUUCAACUGUUAUUCAGAUAUAUCAUUACUUCUCAUUUUAAUUUAUGUCAUCGUUGGGAUAAAGAUAGUGCUUAAUGAAUAUUGUAGAUUUAAAUAUUUUUAUGCAGUUAUUCUUGGACUUCAUAUCUAUUGUAAAUAAGUACAUACCACGUUUUAUAAUAGUUUUUAAGCAAAAUGAGUGAUCUUACCAAAAUGGAAGAAUCACAUACACCGACCAUUGAAAAAGAGACCGAUAACAAAGCCAGCGAUAAGUUGAAAAAAGAACAAUUUUCUAUUGUGCAAAAAGAGUCUAUCGUUAAAAAAACCACUGAAGAUGUACAGCGUGCCAUUGAUGGUCUCAAGGAAAUACCGGAUGAAGAACUUCAAGAGUUUCUGGGUGAUGAUUUUAUGGAAGGUCUCAAUGUUGUCGAUGCGUGGGAAGGAGAGGAAGAUAAAAAUCGUGAGGAACAAAAAUCUCAAACUAAAGAGAACGAACAAAAACAAACAACUAGGGAGCACAAUCGCAAGGAACAUAAACAAUCUUACAGUCGUGAGAAACCGAAACGAGAGGAAAAGAAACGUGAGGAAACUCGACGAGAUCCAUCUAAAAGUACAAAGGAUAUAGAAAGAGACAAAAUGCGUACGAAAAGGGACAAUGAGAGUAAACUAUUGGCGGAGAAAGAAAAAGCUAUAAAACAUUUACUUGAUUCAGACAAUGUAGUACCACCUGGUACAGAAAGCGAAGCGAUUCAAAGUAUUACUGAUAAACAAAAUGAGGAACGAGUACAAAUGCGAACUCGAAAAAGUAGAGAACGUCGUAGAAGUCAAGAAAGAAUAAAAUUAAGUCCAGUACGUAGAAAAAGUUAUGAUAGAUUCAGAACAAGUCCGCACAGAAGAAUAUUGAGUCCUAUUCGUCGUAGAAGUCCUUUCAGAAUGAGCCCAGAAAGAAGGAGAAGUUCUCCUAGAAUAAAUUGUGAUCGUAGAAGUCCUCUUUUAUUAUCACCAGAAAGAAGAAGAAGUCCGUAUAGACGAUUAAGUUGGGAACGAAGAUUAAGUGCAGAUAGAAGAUGGAGUGCCGAACGACAUAAAAGAAGAAUGGAAAUACAAGAACGACGAAGAAGUCGAUCUCGUGAUCGGCAACGAAGUCGCAGCUUGGAACGUUUUCGAAGAAGGUCCCGUUCGCCGAUUAAUAGGAGAUACAGUCCAAGACGUCGAAGUCGUACUCGUAGCAGAUCUUUGGAACGACGCACCAGGAAAAGAUCACCCUUCAUCAAUGAACUUGCCAGGCAAUUGCGAAAUGAAGCUAUAAUGUCUAAUUCUACGUAUAUCCCAGCAUCCUCGAUGGAAGGAAUAUCACCGAUUAUGAAUGCAUCUAUAUAUCCACAAGAGGCAGAAGUUCGAGGACCAUUGUCUCAGCCUUAUAUGCAUCAGGGUGGACCACCGACACCAGCACAACAACCACAACCACCACCACCAUCUUCUGUGUUGCCAAUGUCAUCAGGAAUGCAGUCAUUUAUGAAUUUUGAUAUUCCUUCAUCAUCACAACCACCUAUGGGCUUCGAUGGUGCUCCUUUGCAUUCAAUACCACCUGCUCACUACUCCUCUGGCCCCGUAAUGUACAAUCAUAAUACUGUACAAACGAAUACUAUGCCAACACAAUCAGGAAGCCGAACAGCUCUACUUCCUACACCUCAUCAAACUACGCCACAACCAGUGCCUGCACCAGGAUCAAUGGAUCAAUCAGUCAUGGGAGGAUAUGUGUCACAACAUGGGGUUGUUUCUCAUCUAGAGUCAUCCAACAAUAAGCCUGUUAAUGCAUCUGUAGUCCUUUCACCAUCAUCGAAUUACAAAGACCAUAGGUCAUUGCUAUCCUCGCAUAAUGGAUUCCAGGCUUGUGAAGAACGCUUGAUGACUCCAGAACCACCAGUCAUCUCUGAUACCAAACAAUUUGAAAAGACCAGCUUGUCCAGUCUACUGGAAGCGUCUGUUUCUGCUAAAGAUUCGUCUAGUCCUCCAGUCUUAUAUCCAGGAUUCAAGCCAGAAAUACUACGGCAUUGCGAGCACGCGCUACGUGAACUUCCAAUCGAAGAUCCACGUUUGAAAAUGAAGGGUAGAUUUUUCUUUGACCCAAAGAAAGCAGACUCUAAAAGCAAGUACGAGGAAUAUCCUUCCAAUUCUAUACUCUUGCAGAAAGGCAAGAACAAAAUAUAUUGGGAGGAAGAAGAGGUACAACAAUACGAUACGUCGUUGAUAACGCAAACCAUGCAGAUGCAUCAAAAAAUUUGUCAAACGGAAGAAAUUGAAACAGAUUCGAAAUUCGUGGAAGCGCGUGUCGAUAUGGUUGAUUUUGAGAUGCAAGUAUAUCCACAUGACAUUGAACAUGGGAUGAAAGAGGAGAGAAAAUCUAUCAUGGAUAGGCUCGAUUGGAAGACGCGGGAUAAACCUCGAGAGGCGGACGACUUGAGAUGGAGCUUGACCAAUUCGUCUCAAAAACGCCCGUGGAAGAGAACAUUGUCUCCGCCUAAUAGAAGAUCCCACGAUCGGGAUCAUUUCGAAACCGUACCUUCGCCGGAACAUCCAUCGAGAGACUCCCCUAUGAGAAGUAGAGAUAGUUAUUCUAGGGGACCGAUUCGAGAACAAUAUGAUAGAUAUUCACCGAAUUAUAAGCGUUCGAUGACCAUAGACGAUUUUCGCGAGACCAGAAGUGAUCGUAGUCGGGGCGAAAGUCCAAUGAAACUCGAGGAUUCCGAGGAAGAUUCGGACGAAAUAUUUACAUUCCAAAGAGAAAUGAUCGGUUGGUGUGGAAGAGGAGGAAGAUCGUUUCGAGGGAAAUCUAAUACGACGAGAGGAAAAUAUUCGGGAGGUAGACGUGGACGUGGCUGUUUUCAGAAGUUUUAAUUUCUUAUAAAUUAUAUAUGUAGUAAAGUAGAUAUAUUGGAAAUAAUUAUAUUUGCGAAAUUACAGAAAAUACACACACAGUUCGGCGUACGGUAUAAGUUUAUGGUAUUAUCAAAUCAGUAUGUACAUUAUUUACAAAAAGUACCAAGUCAUCGCAUAUAUACGAUUAACUAUACCGUUCGGCCGACAAAUCAAGUGUAAACAUUUUUUUCUACGCGCAAAAAAUAAAAAUUGAACCCGUCAACGAAGUGCGUGCAUAAGUUUUUAAAAGUGCAAGCGUAAAGGGGAAAUAAUUAAUUUCCUCUGCACAAAUAUACUGUAAUACGGUGCCUACGAAAAGCAUCGAAUCGCAAUCUGUUUUUUGCCAUACUCUUGUGAUUUUUUAUAUUAUAUAUAUGUAAUCAUAAUGAUUUAUACAUAUUAAUAUGUAAUAUGUAUAUAUGUUUUUACUAAAGACAAAAAAAUCUUCAAAUUGUUAAUGCCAGUGAAACAAACGAGCAAUGUUAUUUUAAUCCUUUUUUGCGUAUAUUUAUCGCAAAAAAUUGGUUGUAUCGACGUCUUUCAUAGUUAUCCGUAUAUCGUGCAAGGGAUAAGAAAAGCUUUUCAACC